CAACUUCAAGAGCCUUCACACCUGUAACUGAUGGAACAACGGCACAAGAACAGACAGACAGCAAACAAUCAGCUUUAUAUUUAGCGAAAUAUGAGAUGAAACGUGACAAAAAGACACGUUAUUUUUUAUAGACAGUGCACAUGUUAAUCCACAUUACUUGUUUAUAUUUUUAUUAUGAAAAUAUAACAUCGCAGUCACGUGUUUUGCUAUAUAUUUAUUUGACUCCUAGUUGUAGGAACAGUGUUGGAAACGUUGUUCCCACAUGUCACCACCCGGUGUCAGAAUUCUGCAGCGCAGGUUGCUCAGUGCGCAGAGGAAAUACUGCAGCAACAAUUCAAUAGAAUACCUUUCAAAAUAAGAUCCCCUUCGACCUGAUCGCCGUAUAUUAGCUUUUUCCCCGAACCGGAAAAUACUUUUCCUCAUGUAACUUGACGCAUCGCUAUAUGCCAACGUUUAGAGGCUGGUCCACGCGUCACAAAAGCAUCACUUGUGUAUGUGUGUGUUACUACAUGCAAAGCAGUUGGAGACAUACACAGAUGCAGAGCCGCGAUGUGACAUUCGGCCACGUGUAAUUUGCGCAUUUGGAGAGGGGUGCGCACUGUGAGCGCGCCGCUGUAUGUGAUGAUUUGACUGUUUCUGGAUGCUCUUGGAGGGAGUCCAGGGAUGCUGCGGCUUGUCUGGCUCUCGGAGUGCCGCCGCACAACGUGGGGCUGCGCCCUCCAAGUCUGCUGAACGGCUGAGGCUCGGGUUUUUGCGCGUUUUCUGCCCGUUCGCGACCUUGUGCUUUGAAUCUCACCAGGGGAAUAACGCGCUAUGGCUCGCGACUCGGACAUUUAAGUACCUCCUGCCAUCAUAUCGCUCGCUCCUGGGACUGUGGGUGUGCACGCUGUUCCUCCUUCCCAGGCUCCAAGAUGGGGAAUAGUUUUUCUAAUUUGGCCGCUUUCCAGUCCUUGCACAUAGUCAUGCUCGGCUUGGACUCUGCGGGCAAAACCACCGUGCUGUACAGGCUGAAAUUCAACGAGUUCGUCAACACGGUGCCCACCAUCGGUUUCAACACGGAGAAGAUCCGGCUGGGCGGCGCGGGGGCCUCCAGGGGCAUCAGCUGCCACUUCUGGGACGUCGGGGGACAGGAGAAGCUGCGGCCCCUGUGGAAACCCUACAGCCGGUGCACGGAUGGAAUCGUGUACGUGGUGGACUCCGUGGACGCCGAGAGGCUGGAGGAAGCCCGGACCGAGCUGCACAAGAUCACCCGGUUCUCGGAGAACCAGGGGACCCCCCUGCUGGUUAUCGCCAACAAGCAGGACCUGCCCCGGGCGCUGGAUGUCGGGGAGAUCGAGAGGCAGCUGGCCCUGGCCGAGCUGAGCCCCUCCACGCCAUAUCACGUCCAGCCGGCCUGCGCCAUCAUAGGAGAGGGACUGGAUGAGGGCAUGGACAAGUUGUAUGAGAUGAUACUGAAGAGGAGGAAGUCACUGAAGCAGAAGAAGAAGAGACAGUGAUGGCUGAUUUGAGCUGGAUAAUGGAGAUAAAUAGCUAUGAUAAAUCCCUACUAUAGAAAUAUUAUGGAAUAAUUUUACAGUGAGCAGUAGCAGAUAAAAACACAAACAAGCAUAGCUGUCAUUAUUGAUCACAACAGAACUAUAUGGAUAUAUGAUGGAAAUAUAUUUAUAGUGAUGCCACAUGAACUAAAAAUACAUAGUCAUUAGGAUUCAUUCAUUCCUGUGGGAAUGAAUGAAGAUAGACGAGAUGAAACUUCAUUUAUCAACUCUUGUAUUCACAGAGAGCAACUAGGUGAUCGAAUGACAAAAUCAUGGAUUCAAGAAACUCAGAAUAACCAUAAUAGUCUUGAGUUGAUGGGAAAAUGCUAAUGUUUGAACUCUCUUUACAGGCUGAUAUUGGCGCUCUCUGUGAGAGAGUCCCUGAUGUAGGAAUAUUAAUAGGAUCGUUUCAAUAGGGAUGUCUGCAUUAUAGCGAUGUUUUCAAAGUGUAUGGAUCUACUGACAGGGCUCACUGCUGUGUUGUGCUGUGCACAGUUGUAAAUGUGAUUAGGGAUGCCCUGAUGCACUGCUGGUGUUUAAAGCUGCACGAUGAUGUGAUGCCAAAGAUGAUUCCCCUGUGAAGACACAACACUGUCAUACUUCCAUCCUCCACUGUGUAAGUCUUAUUAAUCAACUAGCUCACUGGAGUCUCAACUCUAUAAGAACCCUUUUUCAGAAUCCAGCUUUUGGGGCAUUGUUGCUGAGCAGACAGUAAGGUAAAUCUUCAAAAUAUGUCUUUUAUGAUGCACUGGGUUCGGCACUGUCUUUGUAGAAACAAGCUGUUUCUGAGAGAAAUUUGCCAAACUGCAGUGGUUUAAGAUGAAACUCACCUGACCGUUUAUUGUUUUGCAUGUGCAGUGUGUCUUCUUCAGAGAACCAUCUUUGAGUACACCUCCCCUGGAAGCCAUAUCAACAGUCCCAGAAUCCACCUCUGUGAACAGCUGAUAUUGUUUUUACACAACUCAGGAGAGCUUACUGCUUCGUCCGAUUCAUUUGGACCGUUUUUAUUGAAUUUACCACAGCAUUGUUCAACUAUACGUGUAGCUCUUGGUUUCUCAUUUAGCCUGGGUGCAGCAAGGCCAACUUUCUUCCAAAAGCAGUAGCAGCUAGUUGCUAACAAACGUUACCAUAUGUUAGUUUACAGCUUCAUAUAUUUGCUAUAGAGAGUUGGGGCCUUCAGUUAAUCUCCUGCUGUACUGAUGUUCUGCCAAAUACUUGUAGUGAGCACAUAAAUCAUGUACCUGUAGCCAGAAUGGUUGCUAGUAGAUUUUUAGGGUCAGGGAUAUAGCAACACUUAUGAACACUAACAAUGGCUUUGGCCUGGUUUAUUGAUGUUUAAAAAAAUAUGCCAGACUUUGUUAGUGAAGAAAACCCAAAACAACUGGACUUGUUCCUGGUGUUUCUACAGUCCACCAAGCUUUUACAGGAUCAAGACAGGCGUUUAAUGUCUGAUCCUUUAAUCUGUUGAUGAUUUCUUAUACCAUCAAUUAUUUUGAUAACCAGUUGUCCAAAAAUAGUGAAAAAUGCCCAUGACAAAUUCCCAGCUCUCUUCAAAUAGCAUUUCCUCAUCACAUUUGACACUUGAGAAGUAACUUAAACAAUUAACUGGUUGUCAAAUAGCUGCUGAUCUACAAACCAGAGCAAAAUAUUUUUCAUACAGUCAUGAUAAGAUCCAAAAUUUACAAGUGGAAAUAUCAAUCUAAAGUGUCUGUGGAAGAAAAGCCUGAACCUUUACUCUGUUUUGAAGCUGACUUAACGAUUUAUCAGUUAAUUGUUUCAGUCCUCACAGUCCACAAAAAUUCACUGUUUUUAUUUAUUUGAGAUAGCCUGUGUCUGGUACAUGUAUUUCUUCUUCUGCAGCUAAUAAAACUACACCAUGACAAGUGAAAGAUUUGAGACACAUCCACAGACAAACUCAAAAUCUGUUUGAUAUCUAACACACAGUUGAUUUAAAAGCUCAGUGUUCUUAUUUUUUGUGUAUCAGCUGUUCCUCAGAGUAGUGAAAAGGUGUUAUAGUGCGUCCCAGACCGCAUCGACCUGCCGGCAGUGACAGGACAGAAAGACGUGGCACAAAGUGUUAUACAAAGCAACAGGCUGGAACCUGUUCAGCUGCUCCUAACAAUGAGUUUUCCUCUUAAUGAUUUAUUUAAUUAUUAAUGGUUCCUCUAGUUGAAUGAUAAACCAAAAUGUGCUGUGUGCCAGAGGUUUUUUAAAUCAAAUUUAGCCCCCAACCCUCACAGAGUUAGCACAACACUCAGACUGUCUUUGGUCUUAACUGGCAGGACUGUUGAAUGUCUCACAAGGACUGUUGUCAUAUGCCUCGUUCACAUCAAAACAGAAGAAACGGGAUGAAAUCUUAUUGCUGCAGCUUGAUUUUAAAACACGUUACUCCAGGUUUUAAAUAGAGCUGAUUGUGUUUUGAACAUUUGGUAACUUGGUCUUAAUUGUGACUACCACCAGAGACAGACAUGAAUGUUAUGCUUUUGCAGUUUGUGUGAACGUGGCAUCCCCUUUUUGCAGAGAUCAGUCAAGCUGUGUUCAACGUUGCAUGACAGCUACUAUACUUCAGACAGUGUAAAUGACACCGUGUAGUGUUACAGCCAAGGUGCAGCAAGACCAAACGAUGUACUACAUGCCAAAAUGGAAAAAGUAUUUUUGGGAUUAAACUCUUUGUAAUUGCA